CUACUUCAAAUAAUUCGAAAAUACUUUGCCUUUAAACUUGAAUUUAAGAAUCUUAAAUUCAAGUUAUUCUUAAAUCUAGGGUUUCGAAAUUUACUCAAAUUUUCAAUGGCUUCUAGUUCUCAUAGAGGUGGUGAUUUCUACGGUGGUGCUUCAUACAGAUCCAGAGAUGGAUUGAGUACAAGGCAAGCAGGUGGAACAGAUGAAAUACAGUUACGGAUUGAUCCGAUGCAUGGAGACCUAGACGACGAGAUCACAGGUCUUCGCAAGCAAGUAAAACAGCUCAGAAAUGUAGCACAAGAAAUAGAAUCGGAAGCAAAGUAUCAGAAUGAUUUUAUUAACCAACUGCAAAUGACAUUGAUCAAAGCUCAAGCAGGAGUAAAGAACAACAUGAGACGGUUGAACAGGAGUAUCAUCUCGGAAGGAUCAAACCAUGUGAUGCAUGUGGUUCUGUUUGCACUAUUUUGCUUCUUUGUGAUAUAUUGGUUGGCCAAGUUUUCCCGGAAAUAAGGGCAACCUUAUCUUUCUAUGCCGGUUUACCAUUUCCUGGCUGAGAUCUGAUGAAGACACACAAUCUAUUCAAACCAUCAAACAAAUGCUAAGCAGUGGCAGAUUUUUGGUGAUUGGGGGAGCAAGGGUACAACUGUAGAAACUCCGAACAUUAGUCUUAUGUAAAGUUUCCUAAUCCGUAGAAGCACUGUGGGAUGCUAUUAGUUUAUCCUUUUUCUUAUCAUUUAAUUUUUCUUUGUAAUACUUGCAAUCUGACAAUGACAAUUGUGUGCUUAUCUGAGAAAAUUGUGAUUAUGGUGCAACGAAGUAUGUUGUAU